UACAUUGCCUCUCCAAAUUAUCAGAAAGAAGUUUUCUUUCUCCUCCCUGAUGAUCUUCGAUUCAAACCACCCCCAAUUUUAAUACCAUCUCUUAGAACCAGAAGAGCCCAAAAAUUCAACUUCCAUAUUCCUUGCCCCAGAUGAAAAUGUCUAUUUCCAGAUUAAACUUAUUCUUGCUAUUCUUUCACCUAUUAAUCCUUCAAUUCUCCCCAAGAAUCUCAGCCAUCAGGAAGGAUGUUGGAUUUCAAGGGAGGCGCAUUUGCAAAAAUACGGUCCUAGGAAGAUACUUACUAUCUGAUGAUAAUGGCCAUGUCUGUGACGCUCUGUCUUUAAAUCCACAGUCUCGCUGCUGCCCUGAAAAAGGAGAAAAAUUCUCUUGUCAUGGCUGCAAUGUAGUUUCAGAGUGUUGUGAUUCUUAUGAAUAUUGUGUUUCAUGCUGUCUAAAUCCCUCAAGGGAUAACCAUGACGGGGAGGAAAGCUCGAUUUAUUAUGUGAGUAGACAAUUAUGGUUAGAUGAAACGUGAUAUCCAAAGACUGAGCUCUUAUGCUUUGCCCUUGUCUAUGCUGCACAACGGUUGUACAUUACUUCCUUGCUCACAAGCUGUAGCUCACAGUAAAGUCCGAUCUUGUAAGAUAUUUGUUCAUGAGACCGAUGUUGUCAGGACGCCUUGCAUGUUGGCUGCUACAACUAUCCGAGUUUGAUAUCACAUGCACAAUUCCUAGGGCUAUCAAGGGACAAGUCGUGAUUCAUAUGUUGGCUCUAUUCCCUGAAGUACAAGAGUCCACCCUCUCCAAAGAAGUUCUGGGAGAGCUACCAGAAAUGGUAGUCAUUGAUACAGAAGAGGAAACAUGGAUCCUCUACUUUGAUGGUUCUUCUACAUCGAACGGCAGAGGAGCAGAUGUGGUACUCAUCAAUCCCAAGGGGCAUGCCAUGGCCCUCUUGUUCAAGCUGAAUUUCCCAUGCACAAAUAAUGUGGCUGAGUAUGAAACUUUUGUUAUGGGAUUGUCUAUGGCAAAGGAAAUGGGCAUAGAAAAUAUUAAAAUCAUCGGCGAUUCAAAUUUGAGGUUAAGUCAAUUGCAAGGGAACUUCGCUAUGAAAGAGGCAACCUUGGCCCCAUAUCGUACAAAUGCCGAAAGGCUUAUUAGUUCUUUCAAGCAAAUUGUGCUAGAACACAUUCCAGGGAUCACUAAAUGAUAUUCUGAUGCUUUAGCUACAUUGGGGUCAAAACUCUCAUUUGUCAUAGAGCAACCCAAUAUUAUUGUAAUAAAGAAAGUCAUGCCAGUAGUCGAAAGAAUGAAUCAGGAAGAGUUGCUGGAAGAAAGUGAUUGGAGAAAGCUUGUAAAGGAAAAGUUAGGCGAAGGAAGCGACAUCAAAGACUUGAAAGACUAUGCAAUCAUUUUUUGGGAAUUUUACAGGCGUCUCCCAAAAGGUGUUCUGACCCAUUGCAUAAGGAUAUUAGAAGCACAAAAGAGGCUGCAAGAGGUACAUGAUGCCACUUGCAACUUGGAGCCAGUAAUAAGCUUGUAUCGGCGCCUGCAGCGCAUAGGUUAUUAUUGGCCAUAAAUGAAGAGACAAGCAUCCGAAAUUCAGGCCAAUUGCCCUAGGUGUUUUACGAUACCCUCCAUGGAAGAAUCUUUCACCAUCUCAUUCGCAGAAGAUUUGAGGGCUCCAUACUUAGCAAUCUUCAUCGAAGGAACUCUACCAACCAACUCCAAACAUGCUCACAAACUUAAAAAGACAGCAAAAAGGUACUUCAUAGGUGGAUCGACCCUCUAUCAUAAAGGGUUCAAUGGUGAGCCGUUAAAGUGCUUAGGAGGAUUAGAGGCACAUUAAGUCAUGCAGGAAAUACAUGUUGGAGAAUGAAGAGGCUUCACUGGCAGCUGCUAAGUUUUGGGUACUACUAGCCUACCAUGAAGAACGAUGCCAAAUCCAUGCCAACCUAAGCCACAAGCCUCCCACACUAUUGCAGGACAUGCACACUCCUUUGCCUUUUCAUACUUGGGGGCUUGACUUAAUUGGGACUAUCCAUCCACCUUUUGACGGUUA